AUGUUGCAGGAUGAAGACGACACCGACGAUGUGCCUGGCUUUAUCGGCAUGAGGAACUCGUUGAGUCUGGAGGCCAUCGAGACCGCAGUGGACAGGCAAGUGGCAAAACUUACGUCAUUUCCCGAUAAUACAAAUAAUUGGAAUGUUGAAGACUACGAAGAGGACGAAGAAGACGCUGCAAAUGAUUCCGAGGCAACAAGUGAAGGGUUCGUGAGUCACAUGCCUCAGUAUCGACAGGCUCUGGUGGGCAAAAAGUUGCGGUUGUUGGAGAAGCAGUUGCAACAUCGAGACAAAAUGGUGCAAAGGCUGCAAAUUGCUCAUACGCAAGCCCAGGCAACAAUUGUCAACUUGCAAAACGAGUUGCAACUCGCUCAACAAGAACUCGCAUCCGCCCAGGAGGAGUGGGAGGAGGAGAAAGAGACAAUUCUCAGAUUUCGAGGAGCUGCAGGUGGUGGCGGAGGCAACAGCGCCAUGAUGCAACUGAAGCUUGGACUGGGGGCUGCAGGUGCUGGGCGAAAUGGCUCGAGGAUGACGGAAGCGGAAGCUCAGCGACAGCGUGAAAUGCGGCAGCAGAUGUUGAAUGGAGCGGCGGAUGCUCAGGAAAUGUUGGAGGCGGAUCUGGGGAACGGAACGGAUCGGGCGGCUGUAAGAGGAAUCCGCCUGAAGUGGAAGAAGUUCCGAUUAUUUAUCCGCCGCAGGUUGUACCCGUUCACGACGGACAUUCGUCAGAUCGAAGCGCAAUUUGGAUCGUCGGUGUCGUCUUACUUUCGAUUCUUUGGCUGGAUCAUCAUGACGUUCAUGGUCAUGUCGCUGCCGUGCUUCGUGUUUCUUGUGUUGCACAUUUUGUAUCUUCUUGAUUACCAGUGGAUAGCUGAAGAUCGACUGUCCAAGGCUGUUCAAGCUGUUGAAAAUGCCAGCGAGAAGGUGAGCUAG